AUGGGUUGGAGACAUCACGUAGACCCGGUUAUUGAAGGAAAGCUCUACAUUGGGAAUAUUACUACUGCGUGCAGCUCACACGCCCUGCACGACAGGAGAAUAACGCACAUUGUAUCCGUCUGCAACGAACCAAUCCCUGCACAACAUCCGCAAUCCGGAUACUUUACACACAAGGUCCCCGUUGAGGAUCACCCGGCGGAGGACAUAUUGAUACACCUCCCGGUAGCUUGCCAGUUCAUCCAUACUGCGAUGCAGACGCACGGUGCUGUCGUCCUGGUACAUUGCGUACAAGGACUCUCAAGGAGCGCUUGCGUUGUAGCUGCUUAUCUGAUGUGGGCCCGGCGAAUGUCAGCAACAGACGCAAUGACCGUUGUACGACAGUCGCGAGAACAGGUCUGGAUUAAUCCAAGUUUCCAAGAGCAGCUCACCGUCUUCGAAGCGUGUCGCUACGCACCACACCCGAAUGAUGGUGUCUACCGAAUGUGGCGCAUGAGACUCGAAGACGCACGCAGACGGAUUGCCGCCGAACAGGCACGACAAGCUGGACCGUCUUACAGACCUGGCUGGAGCUAA